AAUAAUAAUCCCGCAAGAAAAUUCACCUCCUUGAAGAAAAUCUACCAGUAUUUCGUUGCAAAUAUGCAAAACCAAAAACCGUUUCCUUUUUCGGAAAAUUUUCAAAGUGAAAGAGGUCUUCUCGAUGGUAACGCCUCGCCCUGCUUUAUCGACCUAACGGAUUUUACAUUUUAACUUGACACGCGGUUGGAGUUUUGCAUACUUUCGUGGGUUUUAUUAUUGUGUUGUGCUGCGAAAUACAUAGGAAAAAUCCCGGAAAUCCAGAGAGUCGAAAUUUAAGUGGUGAAGAAUCGUUGGAUUUCGGCUUUGCAGGUUGAGAAGACAUCCCAGGUCGCGUAAACUAUAACCUCGCCAAAUAUCAGAAAUGUCAGCUGUAGGAAAUUCGGCAAAAUACAGUACGUUAUCUAUUUCCUCAGUCUGACAGCGCAUAAAUCUUCGACAAAUCUCAUAUUUAGCAUUUAUGUUGAAUAAAUGAACGCAACCACCAGACUUUUGACAACUCUCUCUGUAUCAAAUGUCUUUUGUCGAAACAUACACAGCGUAUUACACCAGGAGUUGAAGGUCGCUCACAUGUCGGAGGUUCCGUUGAAGCAAUUGCUUUUAAAAAAUCUUCGGAAGAGUGCAUCCGCCCCAGAGGCGUUGUUCUCGACUUAUGUGAAUUUAGUGGACUCGAUUUCAAGUCCAGAAACUCAUCAGGAGUUUGCUAAGACUAUUAUGGAACCAUAUUUGGAUUCCUGCUUCAUACCGAAAGACGCUUCUCCAGCCUCCACCUACGAUUUUCCCACUGCAAGCUCCUCGAGUGUCGAGAAUUCUAGUGAAAAUAUAGCUGCUAUAUUUUCGCAGGAAAUGGAUAUUAAUCGAAAUUCAGGACAGGAUGAUUCCUUCGAAAACAAACGUUUGAGGGACAUACAGAGGUAUAGGGCGAUGCGAAAAUGGAAAAGAUUUGGCAAGCUAAAGCAAAGUGUGGACCCCAAUGAUGCUUUCGUAUUACGACUAAUGUCGUUCAAUAUCCUCGCACAAAGCCUUCUAGAAUCUCACCCCUAUUUAUAUAAGGAACACGACAAAGAAGCUUUACAUUGGAAGGUCAGAAAGUACUUAAUAACCCAGGAAAUACUCCAAGUGGAGGCAAAUGUGAUAUGCCUGCAGGAGAUGCAGGAGGCGCACUUGGAGGAAUUUCUGAUCCCCUUUAGAGCGCAAGGCUACGAUUAUUUAUAUAAGAAACGCACAAACGACAAAGACGAUGGUCUGCUUUUAUUGUACCGUGCGGAUCAGCUUGUUAUUCUCGACCACCUCAAAGUGGAGAUGUACCAGUCGGGAAUCGAGAUCCUGAGCAGAGACAACGUCGCCCUGGUGGUGAAAUUCGCCCUGAGGGAAAAUCUCGAGACGCAGAUUGUCAUCGCCACCACCCACUUGUUGUACAAUCCAAAGAGAAGUGAUGUUCGCUUGGGCCAGACGCAAAUCCUCCUCUCGGAGAUCGAGAGGCUCGCCUUCCUGGAAAACACUAUGACAGGUCCAAAAUAUUUGCCGAUUAUUCUGUCGGGAGACUUUAAUCUGGAGCCAAACACUGGAGUGUACAAGUUUAUUACGCAGGGUCAGUUCACUUAUCAGAACAAGGGGAGGAACCUGGAGACUCAGGACUAUCGGCUUUUAUCAAAUUUGCUGAUACCGCCGCAUCUUCACGUCACGGAUGGAUGUCAACAUUUUAAUGUUCUCAUGCAGAGACUGCGUGGGGAAGGAACUGGAGAAGUUAUGUUGGAGAAUCGAGAGCGCGGACAAAAGCGCCUCAGUGAAGACGCUUCUCGUGCGGAAGAGUUGCGGGUGAACGGCGGAACGAGUCAGUGUCAAACAAUCGAAAUCGACGAUAAGCACAGUGUGAAUUUCUCCUCGGGUACGUUAACGCAUCCUUUCAGAUUUCGCAGUGUCUACAAGCACAAGAAUCGACACGGAAAGCCGGAGGCGACGACCAAUCAGGGCAAGUGGGUGACAGUGGAUUACAUAUUUUUCACCGAGGUCGAGCCCCUAGAUAAAUACAGUUUGCCCACUGCUGACGAGUGCAACGAUUUGCCGACGAUACCCAAUUACGCGGUGGGAAGCGACCAUCUCUGUCUCGCUGCUACUUUUAAGGUACUCAAGAAAAAAAGAUCUAGUUUGUAAAUUUCUUGUUAAACGUCCGUCAAUUUAUAACACAAGCUACGCUUGUCUUUAUGUAAAUAUAAAAGUCCAAUCUAUUUUCAAUAAACUACUCAGUAUGCUGAUUUUUUUCAGAAAAAAAAA